GUCCUCUCCCCCGCCCGCGCCUAUAUCAUCUUCUCCCCCCCACCCCUCGCGUACAGCAACGCAUGCCCCCCCUCCUCCCCUCCCCUCCCGCUCGCCGCCAUUGACCGAGUGAUUCGCUGCCUCGCUCGCGAACUCCUACCCCGCCCGAGCCCGAGCCCAGGCCGCGGCCGCCGCGAGAUCUCCGGCUGCUUUUCAGGUAUGGUCACCGCCUCCGGCCUCGCGCCACCGCGGCUGGCGGUCUCCUGCCCGCGUGCGGCGGGGCGCGGCUGCGGCGGACACCACCGGGUUGGCUUCCUCCGAUCCGCUCCCGUGGCGUUGGCGGGGCCCGCGGCCGCGCAGCUCCGGUGCUGCGCCUCCACCGUCGACGACGGCGUCGUCUCCGCCGCGGCGGCCCCCAAGCCCCGCCUCCCCAGGGUCGUCGGUAUGGGUUCAAAACUCAUUGGAUGCGGAUCGGCCACUCCAUCGCUUAGCGUUUCAAAUGAUGACCUUUCUAAAAUAGUUGAAACAUCAGAUGAAUGGAUCGCAGCACGGACUGGGAUUCGGAAUAGGCGAGUUCUUUCAGGAAAUGAGACACUGCGCGAGCUUUCAGUACAGGCAGCAAAAAAAGCUCUUGAGAUGGCUCAAGUAAAUGCUGAUGAUGUUGACCUUGUUCUCCUUUGCACGUCUACCCCAGAUGAUCUGUUUGGAGGUGCUGCUCAGGUGCUGGCGGAGGUGGGAUGCGCAAAUGCAUUUGGCUUUGAUAUCACUGCUGCAUGUAGUGGGUUUAUUAUUGGUUUAAUUACGGCUACUCGUUUUAUCAAAGGUGGAGGCAUCCGGAAUAUUCUAGUAAUUGGUGCCGAUGCUCUUUCACAAUUUGUGGAUUGGACAGACAGAGGUACAUGCAUCCUCUUUGGUGAUGCUGCUGGUGCUGUUUUGGUUCAGGCAUGCAGUGCUGAUGAAGAUGGCUUGCUAGGUUUUUGCGUUCAAAGUGAUGGCAACGGACAAAAGCACUUAAAUUGUGUCUCGUCGCAUGUUGAGUCUAUCCUGUCGAAGACCAAUGGUGUCCCUAGCUUCCCACCUAAAAAGGCAACCUUCUCCAACAUUGAAAUGAAUGGAAAGGAGGUUUUUCGCUUUGCUGUGCGAUGUGUGCCACAAUCUAUUGAGAAGGCAUUGGAAGAGGCUGGUUUACCUGCUUCCAGUAUUGAUUGGUUGUUGCUGCAUCAAGCUAAUCAGCGGAUUAUUGAUGCUGCUGCCAGUAGGUUGGAUAUCCCAUCUGACAAAGUUAUUUCAAAUCUUGCUAAUUACGGAAACACCAGUGCGGCCUCAAUUCCAUUAGCAUUAGAUGAGGCUGUUCGAGCUGGCAAGGUGAAGGCAGGCGAUGUUAUUGCAGCAUCAGGUUUUGGUGCUGGACUUACAUGGGGUUCAGCUAUUGUCAAAUGGUGCUAAUCAUUCCGCGCGGUAAACAUUUGCAACAACCAAACACCGUUCCGAGAUUUCAUGUACGUGGCCUAGGUUUAAGUCUUCCAGGGUCAUUUGCCCUUUCCCUGUCCGACAUUGUUUUUUGGGUUAAAUCUCCGUCAUUUUGCUUGCACAUGAAACAGUGGUGCGUCCUUAUUCAUAUAUUCCUUUGGCUCGUUACACAGCUUGGCUGUCAGUGUGGUAACAAGUCUGGAUUGUACUACUAGCUCUUUGUAGUUCAAGCGAUGCGUAGAAAUAUUUAAAUCCGGGAUUGAACUUAGCUGGCCUUGAGGGAAUAUUAAUAUUGUAAAGUUACUGGGCCUUCUUAACAGGGUGCGCCCUGAAAAAUUUUAAUUGAACUGUGGUCAGCGUUCUGGCACUGAUAAUAAGCAUGUAAGAAAGUGAUGGAUGUUUGUUGUAGGUCAAUCCUGAAUGAAUGCUUCUUAUUUGUUUGGA